UCGAUGUCUUUGUCCAUCUCCUGUGUGAACAGUAACUGCUACAGACAUUAAUAAACUCUUCAGAUGUUUGUCCCUGCGCGUCUCCGGUGCGUCUGUGCGCGACGCGCAGCGGUUCGGACGGAUGUUUAACAUUAGUGAAUGUUAAAACUCCGGAUUAAAGACAACACUCAUGUCUGAUAGCUGGAAAAGGAACGUACUGAGGGAAAAUCUCUUUUGCUCUGGGGGAAUUAUGUCUGUAUCUGUGGUGUUGGUGCUGAUGGCGUUUGGUUGGGUGGAGGGGUCGUCACUGCUUCUCUCAGACAAUCGCUUCCCUCGACUGGCACUGGAGAAGAGUCUCGUCUGGAUGUCUAAAGACACACAGUGUCACCACAUGCUGAAACAUCUACACAAUGGCGCUCGCAUCACAGUCCAGAUGCCACCCAACAUCGAGGGUCACUGGGUGUCCACGAGCUGUGAGGUGCGGCCCGGUCCGGAGUUCAUCACUCGCUCGUACCGAUUCCUCCACAACAACACCUUUCAGGCCCAUCAGUUCUAUUAUGCAGACAAUCAUUGCACAACUCCGACAUACACGCUGGUGGUGCGCGGCCGUUUGCGACUGCACCAGGCGUCCUGGAUCGUGCGGGGGGGCACAGAGGCCGACUACCAGAUCCAUCGCACGCAUGUGAUCUGUCACUCCGCAGCCGUGGCCAAAGACCUCAGUCAGAGGCUGAAGCGCAGCUGCAGAGGGCCCGACAGGGAGUUUGGCUCCUGGGUGCCGAACGUGAGUUACGAGCUGUGGAGCGAGGAGGGCGGCUACGACUGCUCCAAAGGGCUGAAUUUUACCAUGCAUGAACUGCAGCUAAUGCGCGUGGAGAAGCAGUACCUGCAUCAUAAUCUGGAUCAUCUAGUGGAAGAACUAUUCUUAGGAGACAUACACACAGAACCGGCACAGAGGAUGUACUACAGACCCUCCAGUUACCAACCGGCGCUGCAGAACGCCAAGAACCACGAUCUCAGCUGCAUCACAUGCCGCAUCACUGGCCGCUCUGAUGAGUAUCAUCCACCCGUUCUCCCGCCGCGGCCGGACAUGAUGGUGAGUCUACACGGGCAGUGGGUGUCCCAGCGCUGUGAGGUGCGGCCUGAGGUUCUCUUCCUCACACGACACUUUAUCUUCCACGACAAUAACAACACGUGGGAGGGUCAUUAUUAUCAUUAUUCUGACCCGGUCUGCAAACACCCCACGUUCAGCAUCUACGCCAGAGGACGCUACAGUCGCGGACUUCAUUCCACCCGCGUGAUGGGUGGCACAGAGUUUGUAUUUAAAGUAAACCACAUGCGCGUGAUGCCCAUGGAUCUCGCCAUCACGUCGCUGCUCAACGUCUUUAAUGGAAACCAGUGUGGCGUUCAGGGCUCUUGGGAGGUGGGCGUGGAACAGGAUGUUACUCCGACCAAUGGCUGCGUAGCGCUGGGGAUACGCCUCCCGCACACGGAGUACGAGCUCUUCCGAAUGGAACGGGACGUUCACGGCCGACACCUGCUCUUCAACGGACAGCGACCCAGUGACGGAUCCAGUCCGGAUCGUCCGGAGAAGAGAGCCACCUCUUACCAGAUGCCGCUGGUCCAGUGUUCUGCCAGCAGCUGGAGGUCAAAGGUCAACUGGGGCCGCGACGCUGACUGGCCGCAACGGCAGAGUGACGGUUGCCAGGGUGGUUACCAUGACAACCUGGCGACGACAGCGGCGGUUGUGGUCUCGAGCGUGGCGUUUGUGGUUUUCUUUGGUUGACAGAGUUCAACAUACUGAGACGUGAAUACAAAAGAGGCUAAGCAAACGUUUCUGUGCAUGCUAGCUUUGCGAAGGCGUGAGAUUGAACAUGCUAAAGCACUCCUGAUGACCCACAAUGCACUCCUCCACUCGCGUUUUUAAAGUGUUUUCUCUGCAGAAGCUGGAUGAUGAUAAACGAAACGCAACAAAUGAAAAUCGCUGCACAACAGUAAACGCACUUUACUCUAACCAAGAUGAACGUUUUCCCUUCUGUGAACCAGCAGCCGAAGAGACUGAAUUUCAGAAUAUACUGUAUGGCUGUUUAGAAAUGAGCAUAUUGUUGUUUUAAGCAGAAUUUUAACAAAUCUUCACACAGCUACAAGUCAGGCUCCAAAAAGGACAAAAAAAACACCAUAAAAGAACCACUAAAGUAGUCCGUAUGACUUGUGAUGUUAUUCCAAGUCAUACAGGGAUGAUUAUCAGUGAAUAAAGCUUUAAAUUUCAGUCUGUUCCUCACACAAAGCUAUCAUAUGACUUUGUUUUGAACUGAACAUCUCUCCUCAGGUGUGUUCCACGCAAGUAAAUAAUAUUUAUUUUUGUGUGAACUGCCCCUUUAAAUCUUUCGCUGCAUUACGAGUGAGCUACGCUGUGGACGUUUGUACAAGAGGUUUUUUUUUUAAAUGCAAAAUGAACCAUUUAAGGGCUACAUGGAACCAAAGGGAAAUAAAGAGAAAGCUAAAAAUGACCUUUUUAACAGAAGGGAGCUUUUGAAGGGAAAUUUUCAGGCAGUAGAGAUUUUUUUUUUUUUUUUUUAACUAAUCAUGCCUUCAGUUGAGGUGUAAGUAAAAUUUUUCACUGUAUAGACUACAACCUCUCGCAAAAAUGAUGGAAUGACCACACUUAGAGGAUGUUCACCCAGCUUUUUUACUUUGUAACUGUGACGAGAAGGAGGGCAGGGCCGUGACUACGCACGCCUGGCCCCAAGUCGGGACAAUCAGCCGAGAAGAGGGAUAAAUGCAGCGGGAUGCAGCAGUUUGGGAGAGAGCCACACGCAGCUGCUGUGUGUGCAUUUAUGUUCUGUGUCUUUUUGUUUAAGUUUUCAUUAAACCAUUACUUUAACUGUUCAGCUGGUUCCCGCCUCCUCCUCUCCCAUUUCAACCGUUACAUUGGUGCCGAAACCGGGAAAGGAGGAGGGAUGCACUGUCAUGGAGUCCUCACCACUGCCAUCCACCCAAAGGAGCAGCCGCGGCCAUCCGCCAGGGGACGGAGGAGUUGCUACCGUCCGCCAUCCGCAAGGGGAGGAGGGGCUCGCUGCCGGCCACCUGGCCAUUGCCAGGGACGUAGUUGUUCCCUAACAGCCGCCAAAACACGGAGGGGCGUUCCAUCCACCAGGGGUCGGAGGACUGGCUCCGGUCUGCCCGGUUAGGAGCGGCUGUUGUCCGCCAAAGGGUGGAGGAGUGAUCGAGGACCAGGCGACGCCGUGUCUGGGAACCGUCGAGCAAGUUUUUUUCUCUCUGUCCUCUCACUCUCGCCCUAUCCCUCUCCUCUUUUUUUGUUUUUGUUUUUCCCUCCCCUCGUCCCCCUCGCCAGCCUUAGAGAGGCAGGGAAAAGCCUGCUGGCAGGCAGGACCAGAAGGGCAGCUUCACUAAUGAAAAACAAUAUUCUCCAUCAAGUUGGUUCCAACUUCCUCGAAUAGCGGUUGACAGAUCAGCUUUGCAGGAUGGAGCCUUGUCAAUUUCCACCAUACAUUUUCAAUGGGAUUGAGAUCCGGACUGUUUUCUGGCCAUGUCAUUGAGUUGAUAUGCCUUUCCUGAAGAAAGGCUUUAACAUAAUCAUCCUGAAAAAUGACUUCAUCAUCACCAAACCUAUUUUCUAUCGAUGCAAUGAGAAAAGUGUCCAAAAUUUCAGUGUACACCUGUACAUUGAAUGUUGAGGUAAUGAUUGCCAUCUCCCUUGUUCCUUUACCUGACAUGCAACCCCAUAUCAUAAAUUUGUUUUCUUUAUAUGUUUCAUUAGAACGGCACCAGACAAAAGUUCCAGCAUCAUUGUCUUGACCAAUGCAGAUUCAUGAUUCAUCAGUGCAGUGGCUGAAGUUGCCCAGGGUGGCAUCUUGUGGGUGGGCGGCACGAGGGGAUGGCCAACAACUUCACCCUCCCCGGUCAACAACUUUGGGGGCGUUCACAUUUACAUUUAAAAUUUGUUGUGAAUUUUCUAUUUUCAACGCUUUGACAUCUUCCUUGGUCUACCCAGAUGCUUUCCUUAUAACCUUGCCAUUUUGUUUAUACUUGCACCAAAUUUUAGACACGGCUGACUGGAAACAACCAACUUCUUUUGCCACACGCCGUGUUGGAUUUCCUUCUUGAAGGAGUUUUAUAGUCCUUUACAUUGUAUAAAUUGGCAACUCUGUUGUUGGGGCCAUGUUUCCUUUCAAUUAGCCAAGACCAACAGCUCGUUAAGGUCUGUAAGCACUCUCUUUUAACUGCAGACUAAUUUGCAUUUUUAGACUUAUUUUUUAAGAAAUGCAAAUUACACGGUGAUUCCAUCAUUUUUUCCUCUACUUGAUCUGGAAAAAAAUACGCCAUUAAUUAAAAUAAUGUAAUUUAAUUAGUUUGAGGGAUGUUUCACGAAGCCUGGAUGUUCAGCUAUUAAACAAACAUUGUUUUGUCAUAUCUGUGAUUUGUUUAUUUGCUACAAAGUAAAAACUCUGGGUGAACAUCCUCUAAGUGUGGUCAUUCCAUCAUGUUUGCCAGGGGUUGUAUAUAAAACAUAUUUUCCCAAAACCGAUUCCAACUCAUCCUGUCAAAUACGAUUCAGUUUACAAAUUAAAAUCUUCAUUUGGUAAAAAAUGCAACAAUAUGUUGAAAAUUAAUUGUUCUAAUUAUUUAGGCACCAUGUUGAUGAUAAAAUUGAAAUAAACUGUUGAAUAAGGAAUUCAGAAACAAUGAAAUGGAAAACAAGACAUUUCUGAAAAAUAUAAAACAGAAUUUAAAAAAUGUAUUAAAACAGAUUUCAAAGUGCCCUACAUGCAGAGAUGCUUCUGUUCAUUAAAAAAAAAAAAAAAGAACACGCCCCUUAGAUUUGUAAGAGUCCGUACUGAUAGACAGCGUUUUCAUACUGGAUAUUCUUAGCUGUUUACUGAUUUUAUUUUAUUAAAAUAUAUAUAAUGUCUUUUGAGUUACAGUUGCUGAAACCAUUAACUCCAGUAGGUCAGCUCUCCUUGUUUUGUUUAUUUAGUGAUUAUUUAUAAACACUUUUUUCUUAUUCGUUUAAUUUUACAUUUAUGAUGUCUUUUGAGUUGCAGAAAAAUAAUAAACACAACGUUCCCUCAAUCAUCAGUCUCAUAGUAUUGCAUUUAAAAACUGCAACGUUAAAACAAAACAUGCAAAAUAAAUAAAUAAAUAAAUACUGUUUCGGCGAGUACCGAAAAGGAAGUAUUGGUACUCGUAAUUGUUCUCCAAAAAAGGAAUCUGGACAUCCCUAAUCCCUGUAUAGUGACAAUCAGCACUGUGGUUUCAGGAAAUGUUUGCCUUUAAAGGGACAGUUC